CAAUGUUGGAAUUUAUGGGGAAUCGCAAACGGAAGAAGUGAAGAAGAAAAGCAGGUAUAGAGAGAGAGAGAGAGGAGAGAGGAAGAGAGAGAUGCUGUUUCAGGUAGGAGGACAAGGUACACGGCCGACGUUCUUCGAGAUGGCGGCCGCUCAGCAGCUGCCGUCCAGUCUACGCGCCGCCCUUACUUACUCCCUUGGCGUAUUUGCUUUGAGAAGACCCUUCGUCCAUAAAAUCUUGGAUUAUGAAGAUGAGUUUUUCGCUUUGCUUAUGCUUGUCCUUGAAACUCACAGUUUGCGUACAACAGAUGCAUCUUUUGCAGAAUCUUUAUAUGGAUUACGUCGAAGAGGAGUUAAGAUUAGAUUCAAAAAGAGCAGUGUACUUGCAGACUCUGGUGAUGAGAUCCAACAUGCUGGGUUACAAAAGCGUCAAAAAGUGCUCUCUGUUGUAUUUCUGGUUGUAUUACCAUAUUUGAGGUCGAAACUGCAAUCAAUCUACAACAAGGAAAGGGAAGCUACUCUUCAGGCAAGUCUAUGGGGAGACAGUGAUGAAAGAUUUGACAUUGACUUUGUUGGUGGAGGCGAUAAUACUUUGGGGUCAAGGGACAACUUAGAUAAUGAAGCAUCAGCUGGAGCUCGUUGGAUCAAGAGGUUACGGAAGACUAUAGGUGCUUGCUAUCCUUGGCUACAUGCUGGAAAUGAAGGACUAUCUUUUGCUUACCAGCUGUUAUAUUUAUUGGAUGCGACUGGCUUCUACUCACUGGGAUUACAUGCACUUGGAAUUCAUGUUUGCCGAGCAACUGGGCAGGAACUGAUGGAUACAUCUUCCAGAAUUUCGAAAAUAAGAAGCCGUGAACGUGAGAGACUCCGUGGGUCCCCUUGGCUAAAGGCUUUACAAGGUGGUUUGCUCAGCUGCGCUUAUGCUGUUCUUGACUAUGCCCAGACUGGUUUGAUUGCAGCUGUAUUUUUCUUUAAAAUGAUGGAAUGGUGGUACCAGUCUGCAGAGGAAAGAAUGUCAGCUCCAACCGUAUACCCCCCUCCACCACCUCCGCCCCCUCCAAAGGUUGCAAAGGAGGGGAUUCCACUGCCCCCAGAUAAGACAGUAUGCCCUUUGUGUUUGCAGAAGCGAACAAAUCCAUCCGUAAUGGCUGUUUCAGGAUUUGUUUUCUGCUAUACUUGUAUAUUUAAGUAUGCCAAUCAGUACAAGCGUUGUCCAGUUACAUUGAUGCCUGCAACAGUAGAACAAAUCAGGAGGCUAUUUCAUGAUGUAUAAAAGAUGCUUUUUUUGUUGGGCAUGCUUUGCCAUAACCGUUCUACAGUACUAUGAGAGUUGAGUGUUCAGUAACCACUGGAUCAUGUUGAACCGUUCGUGUUAACCGAUGGGGUGGUGCUGAAUCUGAAAGUUUCUCUCCUUAAUUAAGUUCCGCUUGUCAGAUCACCAAGGCAGAGUAAGUUUGCCAUAUGUUUAGCUCACAAUAGACUCUUACUCAUGGCAAUUAGGUGAAAAAUACAUUUGGAACUAUUGUAGCUUAAAUAACUGCUCAAAUCAUUUUUGUUACCUAUCUUCCAAUAAAAGUAUUGGCCACCGGUUUGUUGCUAA